AUGAGUAACUCUACCUUUCCUACUUUCAAUGUAUCUUCGUCUGAAACAGACAUGGACGAUAGUCGAGAUUUGGAGACAAAUCAAUGUAAUGGUGCAGGAAUGCGGAGAGCAAGACCUUUACAACAUGUUUUUCCUUCCUUACAGAAACAACAACACCAUCUAUUCCGUAGAUCGGCAUCGACACAUGAUCAAAACGCUCGGGUCCAUGAAGAUAAUAAACACAGUGUGGGACGCUUUAGCUUACCUGUAUACGAAACAUCUGACUCAGAUCAUAAAUUGGAUAAACAUCUUACAACCUACAGAUCAAUGUUACAUGGUCCCGGCAACAAUGAACGUUUCUUGGAAAACCAAAACCACUCACAAAAAAAUAAUCGCGGUGUAGUUCGGAGCAUCGAUCGCGGGAAAACGCCAACCCAGAAAACAUAUGAUCAUAUCUCGACAAAUGUGCAAUCUGACCAAUUUUCCUCUACAUAUUCUCCCUCGAAAUCAGAACCAGAAAGUGAUGCCAAGGGAAGAGCGUUGGGAUCAUGGCAAUU